AUGUGGACAUCCCCUACCAACUGCAACUCCCCGCCAGUUGGAGUUUUUGAACUGCGCAAUCCCCACCAACGAGCAAUUCGAGUCUGUGCUGAGGCGAUAAUCACAUCGGAGGAUUUAUGGCUCAGCUCCCCUCUUAGCCGGGGAAAAAAGGGACACGAGCGGCAAUUACUGCUCAUCCAAGCCCUUCGAUACCCAAGGGGAAACGUGGCAGUCACCGAGGUGGAGGAAGGAGGGAGUGGUGGUGGUGGCUCUUCAACAAAUUUCACUUCUGAGCAAUUGGAUGACAGUAAACAGCGGAACCACCGAAGCACCGAAAUGCUGUCACGUGCCUCCGCAAAUCCCCCUGAGAGCCGAAGCACCACACCGGCAGCGCCCAGACGCCGUCUACACCGAUCCGUCAGUCGGGAAGGGCGCGUGCACUCGUGGCGUGGCUGGAUCCGAUUGGUCAAGCCCAACUGUGGUGACUCAUUCGGAAUCGGUCUCUCUGAGGGUAUGCAUUCACGAGGGAUCUACGUCUCUGCCAUUCGACCCGGGUCCAUCGCUGACACGUCUGGUCUCCUUCAAAUUUACGACCGCAUUGUUAAGGUGAACGAUGUUUCAACAAAGAACCGGACCUGCAGAGAGGUGGUCUCGCUCAUUCGCCGAUCCAGCCCCGUACUCGAUCUCUUCAUUCACAGACGUCGCGAUAACGCGGCCUUAGCAGGCGAAGAGGAAGUUGAAAAUUCUGACAAUGAGAAGUUGGAGAAGGAGGAGGAGGAAGAAGAAGAAAGAGAAGAGGAGAUAGCUAAGUUUGUCGGUCUCAAUGUUGUUAUCUUCGCCUCACGCAGCCACGCACCACGUUGA